AUGGGACGCCGUAUCCGUAUCCAGCGUAAGGGAGCUGGUGGUAUCUUCAAGAGCCACAACAAGCACCGCAAGGGAGCCUCCAAGCUCCGCCCGCUCGACUAUGCCGAGCGUCACGGUUACAUCAAGGGACUCGUGAAGGACAUCAUCCACGACCCAGGAAGAGGAGCUCCGCUCGCCAUCAUUGCCUUCCGCGAUCCGUACAAGUACAAGACCGUCAAGACGACUGUCGUCGCUGCCGAGGGCAUGCACACCGGACAGUUCAUCCACUGUGGAGUGAAGGGUGAGUUCUGAGGAUUUUUUGUUUUGGAAAAAUGACCAUUGUCCUCUUUUAAUUUGCCUGAAUUAGUUUAAUUCUACGCUCACCCAGGAGGACAAUAUGAACUCGUGGCUCUUACCCCCGGUGUGAUUUUGUGUCAGAAUCGGUCAUUGCGCGCAUGCACAAUUGUUCAUCACUUGUUUCCACCCGAAAAAAUAAAACUGCUCUCACAAAUUAUAUUUCUUUCAGCCCAAGUCCAGAUCGGAAACAUCGUUCCAGUCGGAACCCUUCCGGAAGGAACCACGAUCUGCAACGUCGAAAACAAGUCUGGAGACCGCGGAGUUAUCGCUCGUGCUUCCGGUUAGUUGAAUCUCGAAAGAAUUUUUAGAUUCAUUCAUUUUGUUUUCAGGAAACUACGCCACCGUCAUCGCCCACAACCCGGACACCAAGAAGACCCGUAUUCGUCUCCCAUCCGGAGCCAAGAAGGUCAUCCAGUCCGCCAACAGAGCCAUGAUCGGACUCGUCGCCGGAGGAGGACGUACCGACAAGCCGCUUCUCAAGGCUGGAAGAUCUUACCACAAGUACAAGGCCAAGAGAAACAGCUGGCCACGCGUGAGAGGAGUUGCCAUGAACCCAGUUGAGCAUCCCCACGGAGGAGGUAACCAUCAGCACAUUGGACACCCGUCUACCGUCAGAAGAGACGCCAGUGCCGGAAAGAAGGUCGGUCUCAUCGCCGCCCGUCGUACCGGAAGAAUUCGUGGAGGAAAGCCAGUCAAGUUCACCAAGGAGGAAACUGUCUAA